AUUUCUUUUAUAUCAGGCUUUACUAUAAAGCCGGUGCCGAGGACCUCCACCGUCCUCCACCGGAAAUUACAUUAGCAGAUCGCCUUCUUCCUUUCGCUUCCACCUCCGAGUCCCUACGUAUAUUACAGUUCCCUUGCCAUAGAUAUUUCCUCUUUCUCUCCCAACAAAUGUCAACAAUCUCGUUUUACUCCCACACCGAUUAACAACUCUUCCAUAAUGUCUGUCCCUCAGAUCCCUCAAACUAUGCGCGCCUGGGUCCAAACCGAGGACAACACACUCGCUAUCAAGGAGAUCCCAGUCCCUCAACCCAAGGCCAACCAGGUCCUCAUCAAAGUCGAGUACGCUGCACAAAACCCCACCGACUGGAAGCAUGCAGAGUUCCUCUCACUUCCUGGUGUCAUCAACGGCUGUGACUAUGCCGGUACCAUUGUCAAGGUUGGAUCUGACCUCAAAACCCCUCUCAAGGUCGGUGACAAGGUUGCCGGUACCGUCCACGGUGGUUACUUCAAGGACGAGGGCUCUUACGCCGAUUAUGCUGCUGUCGACAGCAACAUGUGCUUCGUGGUUCCUGAGGGUAUGAAGUUGGAGGACGCCGCCACUUUCGGUGUCGCUUGGGUCACUGCUUGUCAAACUGUCAUUCAGCGACAAGGAAAGGCCUUCCCCCCCGGCGACACCAAGGUUUCUGGUAACCCCUGGUACAUCGUCUACGGCGCCUCCACCUCUGUCGGCCUUUUCGCUAUCCAGGUGGCCAAGUCCCUGGGCUACAAAGUUCUCGGUGUCUGCUCCCCUCACUCAUUCGACCUCGCCAAGUCUUACGGUGCCGACGCUACCAUUUCUUACCGUGACCAGGAGAAGGCUAUUGCCGAGGCUUUGAAGAUUACCGAAGGUGGUGUUGAGUACGCUCUUGAUACCAUCUCUGAGGGUGACACUUUCAAGGUCACCAUUGGUAUGAUGGGCAAGAAGGGCAAGCAGCUCAAUUGUAUCCUCGCUGUUCCCGACGAGGUCAAGCAGAUCAAUCCUGGUCUCAGGAUUGAAUGGUCUGUCAUGUACACACUCUUCGGUGCUGAUUUCAUCUUCACACCUCGUAUCCCCAACUCUGAAGUUUGGCCCGCCAGCAAGGAGGAUCGAGCCUUUGGUGAAGAAAUCUUCGCCAAGACUCCCGAGUUAAUUACCAAGUUUGGCAUCAAGCCCAACCCUGUCGUCAUUGCCGGUGGUUUUGAAGACGUUGUCAAGGCCUUCGAUGCCCUGAAGAAUGGCGAGGUGUCUGGUAAGAAGCAGGUUAUCAAAAUCUCCGCUUAAUUAUCUUACGGAUCUGGUAACCAAAAACAAUUGUUGUCUGUCUGUAUAAAUAUAAUUAUCGAAUAGAUUAGAUGUAGCCUGUUCUACAGCGAUUGCAUCAUCUGAGAUUAAAAAAACUAGGCAAAAAUGAAGAGAUAAUAAUUCAAACUCUUGAUGUAUGCAUAAACUGUGAC